AUGGGGACAUCUACUGACAAAAACCCGGAACAACCCUGGCCAAAUCCUGACACUCAUAACAACAGCCGCAGAAACAACGGCCUCAGUAACAACAGCCGCAGAAACAACGGCCUCAGUAACAACAGCCUCAGUAACAACACCCGCAGUAACAACGGCCUCAGUAACAACAGCCUCAGUAACAACAGCCUCAGUAACAACAGCCGCAGUAACAACACCGCAGAAACAACAGCCGCAGUAACAACGGCCUCAGUAACAACAGCCUCAGUAACAACACCGCAUAACAACGGCCUCAGUAACAACAGCCGCAGAAACAACGGCCUCAGUAACAACAGCCGCAGAAACAACGGCCUCAGUAACAACAGCCUCAGUAACAACACCCGCAGUAACAACGGCCUCAGUAACAACAGCCUCAGUAACAACAGCCUCAGUAACAACACCCUCAGUAACAACGGCCUCAGUAACAACAGCCGCAGAAACAACGGCCUCAGUAACAACAGCUGCAGAAACAAUGGCCUCAGUAACAACAGCCUCAGUAACAACACCGCAGUAACAACACCGCAGAAACAACAGCCGCAUAACAACACCCGCAGUAACAACGGCCUCAGUAACAACAGCCUCAGUAACAACAGCCUCAGUAACAACGGCCUCAGUAACAACACCCGCAGUAACAACACCCGAGGUAACAACACCCGAGGUAACAACAGCCUCAGUAACAACGGCCUCAGUAACAACAGCCUCAGUAACAACACCCGCAGUAACAACAGCCUCAGUAACAACAGCGGCAGUAACAACAGCCUCAGUAACAACGACCUCAGUAACAACAGCCUCAGUAACAACGGCCUCAGUAACAACGGCCUCAGUAACAACAGCCUCAGUAACAACAGCCUCAGUGACAACAGCCUCAGUAACAACGGCCUCAGUAACAACAGCCUCAGUAACAACAGCCUCAGUAACAACGGCCUCAGUAACAACGGCCUCAGUAACAACACCCGCAGUAACAACACCCGCAGUAACAACACCCGCAGUAACAACAGCCGCAGAAACAACGGCCUCAGUAACAACAGCUGCAGAAACAACGGCCUCAGUAACAACAGCCUCAGGAACAACACCGCAGUAACAACACCGCAGAAACAACAGCCGCAUAACAACACCCGCAGUAACAACGGCCUCAGUAACAACAGCCUCAGUAACAACAGCCUCAGUAACAACGGCCUCAGUAACAACACCCGCAGUAACAACACCCGCAGUAACAACAGCAGAGGUAACAACAGCCUCAGUAACAACGGCCUCAGUAACAACAGCCUCAGUAACAACACCCGCAGUAACAACAGCCUCAGUAACAACAGCGGCAGUAACAACAGCCUCAGUAACAACGACCUCAGUAACAACAGCCUCAGUAACAACGGCCUCAGUAACAACGGCCUCAGUAACAACAGCCUCAGUAACAACAGCCUCAGUAACAACAGCCUCAGUAACAACGGCCUCAGUAACAACAGCCUCAGUAACAACAGCCUCAGUAACAACGGCCUCAGUAACAACGGCCUCAGUAACAACACCCGCAGUAACAACACCCGCAGUAACAACACCCGCAGUAACAACACCCGCAGUAACAACGGCCUCAGUAACAACAGCCUCAUAACAACAGCCUCAGUAACAACACCGCAUAACAACAGCCUCAGUAACAACAGCCUCAGUAACAACAGCUGCAGUAACAACAGCGGCAGUAACAACAGCCGCAGUAACAACAGCCUCAGUAACAACAGCCUCAGUAACAACACCCGCAGUAACAACAGCGGCAGAAACAACAGCCUCAGUAACAACAGCCUCAGUAACAACAGUCUCAGUAACAACAGCGGCAGUAACAACAGCGGCAGUAACAGCCUCAGUAACAACAGCCUCAGUAACAACAGGGGCAGUAACAACAGCCGCAGUAACAACAGCCUCAGUAACAACAGCCUCAGUAACAACAGCGGCAGUAACAGCCUCAGUAACAACAGCCUCAGUAACAACAGCCUCAGUAACAACAGCCUCAGUAACAACAGCGGCAGCAACAACAGCCUCAGUAACAACAGUCUCAGUAACAACAGCGGCAGUAACAGCCUCAGUAACAACCGCCUCAGUAAAAACGGCCUCAGUAACAACACCCGCAGUAACAACAGCGGCAGUAACAACAGCCGCAGUAACAACAGCCUCAGUAACAACAGCCUCAGUAACAACACCCGCAGUAACAACAGCGGCUGUAACAACAGCCUCAGUAACAACAGCCUCAGUAACAACAGCCUCAGUAACAACAGCGGCAGUAACACCAGCGGCAGUAACAGCCACAGUAACAACCGCCUCAGUCAUAACAGCCUCAGUAGCAACAGCGGCAGUAACAACAGCGGCAGUAACAACAGCCGCAGUUACAACCGCCUCAGUAACAACCGCCUAAGUAACAACAGCCUCAUUAACAACAGCCUCAGUAACAACAGCCUCAGUAACAACAGCGGCAGUAACAACAGCCUCAGUGACAACAGCCUCAGUAACAACAGCCUCAGUAACAACAGCGGCAGUAACAACAGCGGCAGUAACAACAGCGGCAGUAACAACAGCCUCAGUAACAACAGUGGCAAUAACACCAUGGCACUGCACGGCAGUAACAACAGCGGCAGUAACAACAGCCUCAGUAACAACAGCGGCAGUAACAGCCUCAGUAUCAACCGCCUCAGUAACAACAGCCUCAGUAACAACAGCCUCAGUAACAACAGCGGCAGUAACAACAGCCUUAGUAACAACAGCCUCAGUAACAACAGCGGCAGUAACAACAGCCUCAGUAACAACAGCGGCAGUAACACCAGCGGCAGUAACAACAGCCUCAGUAACAACAGCGGCAGUAACACCAGCGGCAGUAACAACAGCCUCAGUAACAACAGCGGCAGUAACAACAGCCUUAGUAACAACAGCCUCAGUAACAACAGCGGCAGUAACACCAGCGGCAGUAAAAACAGCCUCAGUAACAACAGCGGCAGUAACAACAGCGGCAGUAACACCAGCCUCAGUAACAACAGCGGCAGUAACAACAGCCUCAGUAACAACAGCGGCAGUAACAGCCUCAGUAUCAACCGCCUCAGUAACAACAGCCUCAGUAACAACAGCCUCAGUAACAAAAGCCUCAGUAACAACACCCGCAGUAACAACAGCGGCAGUAACAACAGCCUCAGUAACAACAGCCUCAGUAACAACAGCCUCAGUAACAACAGCGGCAGUAACACCAGCGGCAGUAACAGCCACAGUAACAACCUCCUCAGUAACAACCGCCUCAGUCAUAACAGCCUCAGUAGCAACAGCGGCAGUAACAACAGCGGCAGUAACAACAGCCACAGUUACAACCGCCUCAGUAACAACCGCCUAAGUAACAACAGCGUCAGUAACAACAGCCUCAGUAACAACAGUGGCAGUAACAACAGCCUCAGUGACAACAGCCUCAGUAACAACAGCCUCAGUAACAACAGCGGCAGUAACAACAGCGGCAGUAACAACAGCGGCAGUAACAACAGCCUCAGUAACAACAGUGGCAAUAACACCAUGGCAUGGCACCUCAGUAACAACAGCGGCAGUAACAACAGCGGCAGUAACAACAGCCUCAGUAACAACAGCGGCAGUAACAGCCUCAGUAUCAACCGCCUCAGUAACAACAGCCUCAGUAACAACAGCCUCAGUAACAACAGCGGCAGUAACAACAGCCUUAGUAACAACAGCCUCAGUAACAACAGUGGCAGUAACAACAGCCUCAGUAACAACAGCGGCAGUAACACCAGCGGCAGUAACAACAGCCUCAGUAACAACAGCGGCAGUAACACCAGCGGCAGUAACAACAGCCUCAGUAACAACAGCGGCAGUAACAACAGCCUUAGUAACAACAGCCUCAGUAACAACAGCGGCAGUAAAAACAGCCUCAGUAACAACAGCGGCAGUAACAACAGCGGCAGUAACACCAGCCUCAGUAACAACAGCAGCAGUAACAACAGCCUCAGUAACAACAGCGGCAGUAACACCAGCCUCAGUAACAACAGCAGCAGUAACAACAGCCUCAGUAACAACAGCAGCAGUAACAACAGCCUCAGUAACAACAGCGGCAGUAACAGCCUCAGUAUCAACCGCCUCAGUAACAACAGCCUCAGUAACAACAGCCUCAGUAACAACAGCGGCAGUUACAACAGCCUCAGUAACAACAGCGGCAGUAACAACAGCCUUAGUAACAACAGCCUCAGUAACAACAGCGGCAGUAACACCAGCGGCAGUAACAACAGCCUCAGUAACAACAGCCUCAGUAACAACAGCCUCAGUAACAACAGCGGCAGUAACACCAGCCUCAGUAACAACAGCCUCAGUAACAACAGCGGCAGUAGCACCAGCGGCAGUAACAACAGCUGUUGUUACUGA